GGAAAGUUGAUGAAAUUUAGCAUCAACGCACACGACCUAUCUUUACGACGAAACGAAAGAGACGAACUAGGUCGAGCGCGGGCAUUUCAAUUACUGUUCAUUGUCGGUUCUUUGGUUGAUAUCUCGAAUCGAGAAUAAGUGCACAGCUUGUCGAACCGUUGGCUUUGCAGGCAGGGGCCCGCCACUUGUACAUGCGCCUGAAGCUCUCUUGGAAUCCUAUCGCGAGUCGAGCGCGCGCAGAUUGUACAGCAGUGACAGUCUCUUCUUGAGGAUCACUCUCUCCUAACCCCUUAAGGAGGAUCUCCAAGAUGAGUGACCUGGAUAGAGCCAUUGCGCAACUGCGAGCAUGUCGACCUAUACCUGAAGCACAAGUCAGAGAAUUAUGUCACAAGGCGAGAGAACUGCUGAUCGAAGAGGGAAACGUGGUGACCGUGACUGCGCCAGUGACGAUAUGUGGUGAUAUCCACGGACAAUUCCACGACUUGAUGGAGCUUUUCCGUGUCGGUGGCGACGUACCCGAUACGAAUUAUCUCUUCAUGGGCGACUUUGUUGACCGCGGUUUCUAUUCUCUGGAAUCUUUCCUUCUUCUCCUAUGCCUAAAAGUACGAUACCCAGAUCGGAUGACGUUGAUACGAGGAAAUCAUGAAUCUAGACAGAUUACAACAGUAUAUGGCUUCUACGAUGAAUGCCUACGAAAAUACGGAAGUGCGAACGUAUGGCGGUAUUGCUGCGAAGUGUUCGAUUACCUCGCACUCGGAGCUAUAGUCCUCGGUGCUUCUAAUACCUUAGAGCCAUCGAAGCGGCCAGUUGGUCCAAAUGAGUCCUCGACGCAAGAAUAUAUCAAUCCAGAUACAGAGAUCGAGGUCUUGAAUUCUGAAGGAGGUCUUAUCAGUUCGAUACCUCGACAAAAACCGAAAGUUUUCACAUCCAAAGGAUCGUCACCGGCAAAGACAGGUCCACCGGGUACCGGAGCUUCGAGUUUCAGCAAGGGCACGGCAGGGAAUUCGAGUGGAGCAGUCCUUUGUGUACAUGGUGGCCUAUCACCUCUGGUUGAUACGGUUGACAAGAUUAGGCUACUGGAUCGGAAACAAGAAGUACCACAUGAGGGAGCAAUGUGUGAUCUGCUCUGGUCAGAUCCAGACGAAAUUGAUGGAUGGGGACUUUCACCACGAGGAGCAGGAUUUCUGUUCGGAGCCGAUAUCGUCAAAACCUUCAACCAUAACAAUGAUCUUUCCUUGAUUGCAAGAGCACAUCAACUGGUUAUGGAGGGAUUCAAGGAAAUGUUCGACAACAGUAUCGUCACCGUAUGGUCCGCACCAAACUACUGCUAUAGAUGUGGUAAUGUAGCAGCCAUACUAGAGCUUAGUGAAGACGGAAGUGGUGAUGGUAUAAUAGCAAGAAGUAAUGGCGACGUGAACAGAAGUGAUGGAGGGAUUAUGAAGGAGAAGGAGAAAGUCCUUCUCAAUGGACCAGCCAGAAGAUACAGAGUAUUCCAGGCAGCUCCUCAAGACUCUCGGGGAAUGCCGGCGAAAAAGCCUGUAGCUGAUUACUUCCUCUAGCGCGUUUAGCUCUUACUUUUUGUAGUUAUUUUUCGUUGAUAGCUCAGGAUGGCUAGCAAGAUGAAAAGAUGGCGCCGUGGCGUUACAUAGAGCUUGUAUUAUACAAACGAAUAAAGUCUAUGAGAGUACCGUACAAUUUGGAAGAGAAGUAAUAUUGUUUCAGAUUUUGUGGAACAAUAUAGGUUGGCUAAGUCCGACUGUGAACAAUCUUAUAUAAUAGCCAGUUUCUCAAUAUGGGGGGGAUUAUGGGC